AAUCGGCUGACCGGCACAGGGGAGAGGAGACCUUGACCACCACCAACCCCCGCAGCCGCUCCCCGGCGCAGCGCACCUCCCACGUUCCAGCCGGAUAAACAAUCAGCCCAAUCAAUCACCGGCGGCUCCGCUCAACGAUCCCUAGAUUACCUCGCCACCAGAAAGCCAGGAACCUCGAAGCGGACAGCGAGAGAGAUGGGCUCCUGCGAGAUGACGGCCACGGAGGUAGCGGCGCUGCUGGAUCUGAAGCCGCACCCGGAGGGCGGCUUCUACGCCGAGACCUUCCGCGACUCCUCCGUCUCCCUCACCACCGCCCAGCUCCCGCCGCAGUACAAGGUCGGUCGUGCUGUGAGCACUGCUAUCUAUUUCUUGCUUCCCGCAGGGAGUGUUUCACAUCUGCAUCGCAUUCCUUGUGCUGAAACCUGGCAUUUCUACAAGGGAGAGCCUCUCACGGUCUUUGAGCUACACGACGAUGGCCACAUCGACCUCACCGUAAUUGGUCCGCACCUAGAUGCUGGCCAGCGCCCCCAGUACACCGUGCCACCAAAUGUGUGGUUUGGAUCUUUCCCUACGUUGGAUGUUGAGUCGUUUGCAUCCGAUGGCAGCCAUCUUGUCAACUCCCGGAAGCGAGAUCCCGAGAAGCAUUACUCCCUUGUUGGCUGCACUUGUGCCCCCGGCUUUGAGUAUGAGGAUUUUGAAAUGGCCACUUUUGAUGAUGUGAAGUCUAUUGCCCCGAAGGCAGAACCCUUCCUCAACUACCUUAUUCCUUCCAAGAAGUAAGCAGGAUCAGAGACGUUCAUAUUGCUUGCUAGCAGUCUAUAUAUCAUGGCAUUAUCCGGCCUUCCUGUAUUGGCUUUGGAUGCCAUUUUCUGUGAUUCCACGAGGUCUGUAUUUUUAGUCUUGUCACUCUGAAAGAGCACUCUUGUGCUGGUGCUGGUGCCUGGUUGUAACAUUUUAUGUACCAUAAUUAAUGGAAGAAAGUUUGAGCUUAAUGGUGAAACAGGAGAUUUGCUUGUGUA